AUGUUAAAUACAUCAAUAUAUCUAUCUAAAGAGACGUUAAAUACAUAUAUCUAUCUAUCUAUCUAUCUAAAGAGACAGACGUUAAAUACAUCUAUCUAUCUAUCUAUCUAUCUAUCUAUCUAUCUAUCUAAAGAGACGUUAAAUACAUCUAUCUAUUUAUCCAUCUAUCUAUUAUCUAAAGAGACGUUAAAUACAUCUGUCGGUUUAUCUAUCUAUCUAUGUAAAGAGACGUUAAAUACAUCUAUCUAUCUAUCUAUCUAUCUAUCUAUCUAUCUAUCUAUCUAUCUAUCUAUAGACGUUAAAUACAUCUAUCUAUCUAUAGAGAUGUUAAAUAUAUUUAUCUAUCUAUCUAAAGAGACGUUAAAUACAUCUAUCUAUCUAUCUAUCUUUCUAAAGAGACAGACGUUAAAUACAUCUCUGUCUAUCUAUCUAUCUAUCUAUCUAUCUAAAGAGACGUUAAAUACAUCUAUCUAUCUAACUAUCCAUCUAUCUAUCUAUCUAAAGAGAAAGACGUUAAAUACAUCUAUCUAUCUAUCUAUCUAUCUAUGUAAAGGGACGUUAAAUACAUCUAUCUAUCUAUCUAUCUAUCUAUGUAAAGAGACCUUAAAUACAUCUAUCUAUCUAUCUAUCUAUCUAUCUAUCUAA